ACGCAUUUUUAUUUGAUUUAUGAAUGCACUGGAUCUACAGAUAUUGUAUAGGGCCUGUGUAUAUCUUAUAGUUAUGUAGGUAACUGACAGCACUUUUUCAUUGAGAGUGGUACGUUGUACAAAACUUGGGGUUCCUCCACCGUAAAAUAUAUAAAUGAACAUUCCUUGUAUACUGGUUUUUGAAUGUACGAUCAUUUAAUCUGUGCAAUGUAUUUAGUCUUAGAGUAAAAAAUAUAUAGGCCAAGUAAAUUGUGCGGGCGUUGUGAAAUUGGCCAAUUCAAAGACGCUUUUCAUUUCGACGGAGAGUACUUGAUUUUAUUCCAGCAAUCGCUUCAAGAAAUGCUGAUUGGCCAUAAGUUUGUCGUGGAAGUAGCCAUAAGUUUGUCGUGGAAGUAAAAUCGUUGGAAAACUCGGCGGCUUUAAAACUACAUGUCGUUUUUCGCUAAGUGACGGUAGACGCAGAACUAAGUGAGUUCCUCUGUUUCUUCCCUGGGUUCCGGAUGUAAACUAUAAGCAGUCAUCGAGUAUGAUAAAAGCAUUGAUUAUUACAUUCAGGAAUGACUUAAUGCAUGGGCUUUAGGCGUUUGGGUGUGCUGCAGGUCCUGUGACAGGGAGAUAAGUUAUCACGACUAAGUCAAAAGGGCGUUAUCUACAGAAAGCCACGCACGCGCCAGUGGCUGACCACAUGUCACUAUAGAUACAUUUGAUACGGAAAACAGACGACUGACACAAAACGAGCGCCAAAUCAUGACGUCGUUUACAAUUAGCCUCACUGUCGAUGAUCAAAUCUUUCGGAAGUUAUACCCACGUUGAUAAUUGACAUCAGGUAUCUGGACAUAUACCUGAACAUGUAAAUUACAUUCUGUUGGACUGUGAUGUACAACUACCAGAUGGGUAAUGCAAACUCUGUUACCGAUCCCAAAAAGGACACUUUGGCCGCACACCUCAGUACAAGGCAAAGGCUGCUCGUCCAGGACACACUGGAACUCAUGAAAGAUGAUCUCUCAGAUUUGGGAAUUAUUGUCUUCAGAAGAUUCUUUGAAACGGAACCAAGUGUGAAAAAAGUGUUUCCAAAAAUUGUCAGAAUAAACGAUUCGAACGAACUUGAACUAGAUAUGGACAUGGAGAGUUUAAGCCGUCACGCUUCAAACGUCAUGCACAGUCUUGGGGCGGCAGUAGAGAGUUUGGAUCAGUCAGAGUUUUUCAAUGGCAUAGUGGAAAACAUAGGACAGUCUCACGGACAGCGGAAAAUUAAACCGAAGAUGCUUGAGCUUCUCUGGCCUUCCCUAAACUAUGGUCUUAAGCAGGUGUUGAAAGAAAUGUAUACCAAAGAAGUGGCAGCAUCUUGGAAGAAAGUGUACUUUUACCUGUGUAAGCACAUGAAGCAAGGAAUGAAGGAGUACCACAUGAAAGACAAGAACUCCAUUUAGAACAUAACCGGAGAGCACUUUCCUUAAAGCAUAACACAGGAGCACUUUCUGUUUGUUUUCUUCAAUAUUUCAUUUUAUCAGUGCAUAACAUUUUGCAUUAUGAUGUCACUAGGAGAAGUUUUCAAUAAAAUAUUGAAAAAUGUAACACCCUCUCCCCCAAAUGAAGAUCAAUGCAGGUAAUAUGAAAGACAUUGAGUAAUGUUUAACUUUUUAAAUUUUUUAUGCAUCCUAUAUGUAUUUUGCUUUAAGUGCACUUCACUCAUCCUUUACCAAAAAUUGAAAACCAUAAAACUUGUUUGCAAGAAAUUUUUUUUGGACAUCAUCCAUGUCAGAAUUAUGAAAAACCUUGCUGAGGAUAUGAUUUUGUUACAUGUGGGUAUUCAGAGUAUCAUGUGAUUGACAUUUCUGGAAAGAUGAAAAUAUUUUCUCUGAAUGAGGAUUUGUAAUUUUAUGCAUUUGAACUGUGUUGCCCCAUCCUGAAGGUAUAGCAAAGUGUUGAUAUAUAUUCAAUUUUUAUACUUGAAGUGAUCUUAAUUUCAAAAUGUGCAUUGAAAUCAUUCAAGAAAUCAUGGUGCAAGUACUUUCCUAGAAAACACUUUGACCUGGCAGAUCAUUUUGUAUGUCACUCAAUGUAUCCAUGUCAUUCUUUUGUGAAAAAUGAAAGAAUUAAAAAUUCUGAACAUCAUAUACAUUUGUAUGUAAAUAUUUAUUUAUCAAAAUAAAUCAAUGUAAAACCA